GUUAGUUGAGUCGACGGACAGUGAGCAAUGUAACGCGAGAUAAAAAAGCAUGAAAAUAUUCGUUUAUGAAUUAUGGUAAAUUUUCAGCGUUCGUAAUCUCGUAAUAGAGAUACACAAAUAUGAACCUCGAAGUUAUUCUGACAGAUUUGAGCGCGAAAUUUCCCGGCUUAAAAUAUGUUGUACGACCGGAGUACGCGCCAUAUUUGAAUACAGCUGGUACAGUGUUGCUGGGUUGGCUGAUAGUGUCUUGGAUUUCUUACCUUAUCUGGGCGUUCCUCGCGCCCCUCAUGAUCACUGUCAUCGCCAUAAUCCUGAUUUGCCCGACGACGGCGAAGUGGUGCGUCAAACAAACCAUCCCCGGCAUGGAAACCGUUUUCAACGAGUUCUUGGAAAUGUUCCAGACCAUUUUGUCGCAAAUACGCGACUGAUCAAAUUUUGACAACGGCAGUUACGAGUUUAGUCGUAGUUGCAGCGCGUUUUGUAACUGUGUUUCAUCUAAACCUUCCAUCGUUGAUAAAAACGUUCCAGGAAGAAUAGUAUUAGCUGUAGAAGAGGAAUUAAGAUGAAAACUAAUCGACUGUAAAAGAAAAUUACUCAUUUCUGUCAAGAAAUUGUAAUAAUAAUUUACAAAAUA